UGUGUACAGCGGUGUCAGUAGUAUCAUGGUGGUUCAGUGAUCCUGCAGCAUGAAUAACCUUCCACAUUACCGGCUGUUUCACUCACUGCUCUCAAAACAUGGAGGUUUAUUUAACAUUACAGCGCUGUGUGUCAGGAGUCUGUCCACCGUCCAGCAAGAGGACAAACUAAAUGACAUGCCCAUCAACAUGGAAAAUCCGUUCAAGGAGGCGCAGAAGGGCUGCAUCCUGUGCAACGUCUCAGUCGAUUAUAAAAACGUCCAGUUGUUAUCACAGUUCAUCUCUCCACACACGGGCAGGAUUUACGGCCGCCACAUCACAGGUUUGUGUGAUCGUAAACAGAAGCAGAUCACCAAAGCCAUCAAGCGAGCUCGAGCAAUGGGUUUCAUGUCGGUGACGCUGAAGGAUCCACAGUUCAUGAAAGAUCCAAACGUCUGCGACAUCCGACACAUGGAGUAACUUCAGCUAAUCCAGAAAAAAACGAUUUCCUAAUAAACUGAUGAUCUGA